AGAGCACUGGAGGGACAGGGAGUGCUCUACCUAGUCAAGCAGGUGGAAACAGUACUAUUCAAAGUAGUGCUAGAAACAGCAAUGCCGUAGUUGGUGCAAGAGCAAGGGGUGGUGUUGGCGGAGUACAGCAUGCGUCUCCUGAUGUUGCAGCUGUUGAGGCUCACAACAAGUCGUCCAAAGGUGGCACUAACAACUCUCCACCACUUCUAGAUCGUCUUCAUCUACCUCAAGUAGCCUCAUCUUCUGGUGGCAGAGUUUUAGAAAGAAAACUAUCAAAAGAGGUAGAAAACCACUUGCUCGAUAGUCCGCCAUCUUACAGUUUGCCUGCGAACAAGCACUCAUCAUCGUCGAUGAAGUUGAACUCACCGACUCUAUCGAAACAAAACGGCGCGGCGGGUGCUAGAACAGGUGCAGCAGCUGCUGGUGAAGUGGUGACAAGUGGUACAACGGGUACAGACAAUAAGAACAACACUUCUUCUAGUUGUACGGCAAGAACAGGAGACGUAGCAACAAAUGUAGGCAAUGCGAGCGCUUCCGCAUCAACAGCCUUAACGUUUGUCAGCCUAGAAGGUGGUCGUGAAGUUGGAAAGAAAGUCUUUACGCCAGAAGAGUCGCAGUCUGGUAGAGGUUCUCGCGUUGCCGCAACCUCUUCUCGCACGCAACAAGACAUCCUCCAUAAUGGAGCUGCGACUUCCUUAAUCUCGUCAACCACUGCCAAAUUUGUCUCCGCUCUGUCUAGAACGACAAAUCAACAUGAUCCUGUUGGUCCUGGGCCUCCUCCUUCUUCUUCGAGCCAUGACAUGGCAGGAACAACUAUUAUUCCCCGUCCUUCCUCAACCUUCGAGCUCUCACAUUCCAAUCUGGACGCCUUCCAAGGGUCUCUAGACGACUCCUUCGAUGACGAUGAUCAGAGGCUGAUAAGACUAAGUUCUUUACACGAAGAAGAUCGACAAAGAGCGUUACAAGAACUUCAGGAAAGGAAGUCGAAAAAUACCUUUUCAACUGGAGGUGGACGAGGAGGUGUGAACAACGGAGGUGUGAACAACUCGCACAUCACGCCACAGCGACUACGGUCUCCAGGUGGAUCGUCUGAGUCGCCAAAUCCUGAUGCACCGUUGUCUGGAGGUGCUAGGCCUUCAGAGGAAGCUGCACAAGCACAACAAAAAACUUCUACUACUGCUCUGUCCCUGCCAAACGUCAUCAUAAGUGCAACACCGCUUAAUGGAGUCUCAUCUGUGAAUCUACAACAAUCACCAAGACCCUCGAGUGUUGGGGGAGCAUCUUCACGCGGAUCCUCGAAGAGGAAAAGAUUCAGUGAGACAGCACAGCAAAUCAUUGCAGAUGCUGCAGAGAGAAGGAAAGCGAGCGAUGAAAAUCCCUCACCAAAGCGGCGACGGACAUCUCUGCUAGGAGAGCUAGACCCGGGAGUUGCAAUACACUACGAACAUCCAUCCAUAGUCCCUUCUUCCAUGCUACCUUCCCCCAUGCUCCCGUCAGCGGACGUCGUUCUCGGCAGCGUCCCUGCAUCCAUAGUACCCUCACUUGCACCCUCCACAACAGCACAAUUCUAUCCAAGCAAUGCACGUUCGAGCAGUAGUACUACAGGAGGUGGAGCUCCUAUGUUGUUUAAGAAGAAACGCAACCGUUACCUCUUUCUUGGCGACUACGUCGAUCGCGGCCUCAGGUCAGUCGACGUCAUUUGUCUUCUCUUCGCCUUACGUGUCAAGUACCC